AUGGAGUCCAAACCUGUGGGGUCCUACCCGCCAUCUGGGCUCGACGUGCUCGUCGUGGGCACCGGUCUUGCCGGCCUGGCUGCCUCGAUCGAGCUGAUCCGGAAAGGCCACAAUGUGCAGGUGCUGGAGCGCAACGCUUCCAUCAACACGGCUGGUGACAUGUACUUCAUGGGUCUGUCGGCCACCAAAUUCUUCAAGCACUGGCCGGAGCUGGCGGCCGAGUUCGACGCUAUCUCUCUGCACGACGCAUGGAUCGAGACGUUCAAGCACUCAGGCGAGCAGAUGAUCGCGCCGCUCAAAGUAGCCGAGCGGCUCAAAGCGCAGGGGCUCGACCCGAAGACUCCACCAGGCACGUUCCAGAUGCGGCCGCUAGUGUACAAGAUGUUUGUGCACCAGGUCGAGAAGCUCGGCGUGAAGGUCCAGUUCGGCAAGCGCGUCGUCGACUACUGGGAAGACGAGGCAACGGGCCGGGCCGGCGUGGUGACGGACCAGGGUGAGCGAUUCGAGGCGCACGUGGUAGUUGCAGCGGACGGCGUGGGCAGCAAGAGCCAGAAGAUUGUGGGCGGCCAGGUCAAGGCCAUCUCAUCUGGUCGCGCCAUGUGGCGUGCCGCGUUUCCGAUCGAGCGUCUGGAGAAGAACAAAGAGGUCAAGGACUUCUUCAAAAUGAUCGAUGGGGAGACGGGCAAGGAGCCUAUUGUGAGGACGUGGUUGGGGCCUGGAACAUACGCCCUUACCCUGACGCGCCCGGACACCAUCAUCUGGAUCAUGAACCAUGACGUUACCGGCAGCGAAUCCGAGUCUUGGAGCAACACGGUUGAGCCCGACGAGGUUCUAGAGGGCAUGGACAAGGUGCCAGGGGCGACCAAGUGGGCGCCCAUCUUCCGCGAGCUGGUGGCGCUCACGCCGCCCAAGACCAUCAUCAACUUCGAGCUGCUCUGGCGCAACCCGCAGCCGUCGUGGCUGUCUCCGCUGGCGCGCGUCGUGCAGAUCGGCGACGCGGCGCACAGCUUCCUGCCGGCCUCAGGCAAUGGCGCGACUCAGGCCAUCGAGGACGCCGUCUCGCUGGCGUCGUGCCUGCGGCUGGGUGUCGACGCCGCAGGCAGCAAGCAGCAUGAGGGCGUGCCCGAUGCAGUGCGCGCGCAUGUGCGCAUGCGCUUCGUGCGCAACGCCUGCGCGCAGAAGCUGGGCUUCAGCAACGCCGAGCUGCUGCAGGACACGGACUGGUCCAAGGUCAAGCUGGAUCCGCGCCGUGCAGCGCCUAAGCUUCCCCGCUGGGUCUGGAGCCACGAUCCGGAGCUGUACGCGCACAGCCACUUCGACAAGGUCGUCGAGGCCGUCAGGCAGGGCGUGCCCCUGAGCGAGUACAUCGACGGCGUGCCGCCGAACUAUCCGCCGGGCUACCACUACGAGCCGUGGAACAUCGAAGACAUUAUGGAGGACAUGCGGGUCGGCCGGCCAGUGGACUUGGGCGCUGGGGACUGGGAUUGA